UGCCCAACCCGACGGCCACAGACCUUCCAAGGGCAGAGCGGACCCAUCCAUACCAGGAGGCGGCGGAGGAGAGAGCGGCUGCCUCAGCCUGUCUUUCUUGUGUGCACUGCACCCACCCUGCCUCAGCUUGGGCUUGGCUGCCUCUUCGUUUCGCCAGGAACGCGUAGGCGCAGCGCAGCAGCCCAGGAAGCAACACCCAGCCGCCUAAUCCCGCAACAACUCGCCCUCUUCUACCCCCAUCGGCUCCUCUGCAUCCGCAUACCGGUGGCCUACAGGUUUGCUGGAGUGCAGUGCACGGGCGGUGGAGCAGCAAAUCUGCAACUGAUUCAGGAUGGAUCAGGAGGCGAAGGACUCUAGGCCCUCAAGGUCUCCCAGCGAGCCAAACCUCUUCCUGCAAUGGGGUAGCCGUAAGAGGCUGCGAUGUGUCAAGACGCGUGAUGACGGCUCACCAUCGCCGUCGCCGUCUCAAGGUCUUAGGCGUGCCAUACCCCGUUCUACUCGGCCCCUCCUUGGAGCAGACAUUGCAGCAUUUCGUUCACCGCGGCGCCCUAGCACCCUUAACCGCAGGAAAUCCGAUUUGCUGGUGAAUGAGUACAAGCACACGAUGGCGCUAUCGCCAGAGAAGGACAAGUAUUACACAACGAGGGGUUCACCAUUUCCCUUUGAAGGAAAUGGGUUUGACUUUGGUACCAUAACAGAGGAUAAGGGAACCACAUCGUUGCCGAGAUUCUUCAUUGCAUUGUCAAACAAGGAGAAGGAGGAGGACUUCAUGGCGAUGAAGGGCUCCAAGCUGCCACAGAGGCCAAAGAAGAGGCCCAAGCUGAUGCAGAAGUGCUUGCUUAUGGUGAGCCCAGGAGCUUGGUUAUCAGAUCUAUCUCAUGAGAGAUAUGAAGUUAGAGAGAAGAAGAGUUCUAAAAAGAGGGCUAGAGGCUUGAAGGCUUUGAGCAUGGCGAGUGAUUCAGAAUAGAGUUUGAGGCGAAUGGAUUUUUGGACUUGACUUUAGCUGGUGGCAAGAAUCUGUAGUUAGGUGGCACUGCCUUCUGCCUGUCAGACAAACCUCUGCAUCUAAUUUGGUGCUAUGAGUGCUCUGAUCAAGGUCUAUUGAUGUCAACAGCAAAGAUGAUAUUAGAUUCCUGAUCUAGUGAGGUGCAGCUCCAUCUUUCUGGGUAGUGGGCGCCUUUGUGGGAGAGAAAAUGGAGGGUGGGAUACAAUAGAUGGUUUCUCAAAACCACAGAGGAAGUAAUGUUCAACUGUUGGGAAACAUUGAAAGCUGGAUGUUGGCUGAGAACCAAUGAAUCAUGAUGUUUAAUCGUCAUAAACUUGUAGCUGUAAGACUUAUGGUGACCAUUCUGUCCAUUCAAUCAAGACUGACCAAAAUUUUCAAAU